UGUUCCAUGCCUUUCUUAGCAUUUCUUAUUCAAUUAAGGGUCUAUUUGGUUGGAGACUAGUGUGGCCAAGCCAAAGUGUGGCUAGCCACACAAGUAUGGCAGGCCACACAAGUGUGGCCGAGAAAUUGGACGCCAAACUUUGACAAAAGUUGGCAAAAAAAAAAGUCUCUAUGACAAGUGGGCCAUAGGGGCAAUAAAGUGUGGCAAGCCAAAGUGUGGCAAAAACCAAACACAUGCCAACUAAAUUGUGGCUGCCAAAUUUUGGCUUGGCAAACUAUGGUUGGGAACCAAACAACCCCUAAAAGUUUUCAUAAUUUCUUGUAUCAUAUGUGUUAGAGUUAUAUUAGGUGAUGUCUUUUGAACUUUUGCAUUCAGUCUCUUGACAUACUCCUAUAGCCUUUUGGCAUCCUCAUGUAUGUGUAUAUAUGUUGGCUUUGGCCUCAUAAUAAUACAAGUUGUUCCUAACAUGGUAUUAGAGCAUUAGGUUUUUUUUCCGCACACGCAACUCGUGCGUCCUCCGAUCCAUCUCACGUCCGCCGAUACUCCCGGCCGUCGUUGUCUUCUUCCCUGACGGCAGCCAUUGCUCCUUCCCCGUGGCUGUCUGUUGCUGUUUCACCGCACCCGCCCACUGGACCUCCGCUACCCACACACCUCCAGCCGCCGAUCCGCUCGCUGGAUCUUCUCUGCCGCCUGCUAAGGAGCGGCUCGAGCCGCCACCACUCCCCUCCUCUGGAUCGAGUCCGCCUUGGUCGCACGUCUGCCGGCCGCCGCCUCCUCCCAGCUCGCGGCCUUAGACUUCUCCGUCGGCCGCCGCCUCCUCGCGGCUGCAGCCCCGCGACUUCUCCGCCGGCCGCCACCAUCGAUCCUUUCCUCUGGUUGGAGACGGUCCGACGUCCAGAUCGGGACGUCCGUCUCCCGAUUCGGUGCCCUCGAUCGGGGCACUCUUGCUCGUGCUCGUCCUCUGGAUCGAGCGCCCUUGCCGCCGCUGCUUCUUGUGGUUUCGGCCGCUGGUGCUUUGCCUCGCGCGUGAGUGCUGGCUGCUUGCCUCGCGCGUGAGUGCCUUUUGGGCUGAUUGCAUGCUGCGUGCACGUCUGCCUUUUGGGCUGAUUAUGUUGGUUGUCCCUUAGUGCAAAAAAAUAGAGAAAAAGAAAAAAAAGAAAAAAAAGAGAAAAAACUGAUAUGGCGUUUACGCCACGCUUGCAUUUCCAUCGCUGCCUGCAGACUCCCAACGGUGUUCCGUAUAUUGAUCCCAUCUCGCACGUGCGUCGUCGCUUGGUUCUUGGUGCUCGUCCGUGUGUGACGUUGUCCUCUACAGCGUCUUCAGUAGGCUGUGAUGGUCGGUAUUCAUCGACUCUUCUCGCGGAUUUCACCCGCGAUGGUGCUGCCUGCUCUACACCGACUCCUCUCGCAGUUUUCGCGCGCGGCGGUGAUCACUCUACGCUGACUCCUCUCGCGGCUUCCGCGGACGGCGGUGACCGCUCUACGUCGACUCCCCACGUGGCUUCCACAUGUGGCUCUAUGUCGACUCGCUACUCUCGGUCAACUCUACAUGCGGCAUCCACGGGUGGUGGCGACUGCUCAUCGUCCUCAGAUGUUUCUACGUCGAUCUCUUCUACCGAAGCUUCUGUCGUGUCCCUGUCUGCGCAUGAGAUUGCACAGCUGUGAUGCUUGCUUGAUGCUUGGGACUCUUCACCGAUAGUUUCUGCAGGUUCUGUGACUAACUUUUCUGGCAUUGAGAAACCACCUUCAACUCAUUCAGGUACAUCCCCAUGGAUUCUUGAUACUGGAGCGUCUUUUCAUAUGACGUAUGAUUCUUUCACUUUGACCUCCGUUCGACUUGUCGAGUCUCCUGUUCGUGUUCUUACGGCUGAUGGCACUCCCCUCCCUGUAGCUAGUCGAGGCACUCUUAGCACUUCUUCAUUUCAUGUUCCCUCUGUCGCUCAUGUUCCUCGGCUUACCAUGCAACUCAUUUCUGGUGGUCAGAUUGUUGACUCUAGUUGUAGGGUCAUUCUCGACUUUGAUUCGUGUUCUAUUCAGGAUUGACGCACGGGUGCUCUGCUUGGUGCUGUCCCUCGACGCUCUGAUGGUCUAUGGGAGCUUGACUGGCUUCGUCUUCCCUCCGCUGCCACCGCCGCCAGUCUUGCAGCCCCUUUAGCUGCAUCUACCAGCUCUUUUUAGCAGUGGCAUCAUCGUCUUGGCCAUUUAUGUGGUUCUCGUCUCUUGUCUUUGGUUCAUCGCGGUGUUCUGGGGUCUGUCUCCGGUAAUGCUUCAUUGGAUUGUCUGGGUUGUAGACUUGGUAAGCAGAUUCAACUGCCCUACCCUCACAGUCAGUCAGUGUCCGAGCGUCCUUUUGAUCUCGUUCACUCUGAUGUUUGGGGUCCGGUGUCGGUGUCAAAACCGGUAGAUCUCGGGUAGGGGGUCCCGAACUGUGUGUCUAAAGAUCGAAGGUAACAGGAGACAGGGACGCGAUGUUUACCUAGGUUCGGGCCCUCUUAAUGGAGGUAAUACCCUACUUCCUGCUUGAUUGACUUUGAUGAGUAUAGGGGUUAGAAGAGUUGAUCUACCUCGAGAUCGUAAUGUCCAAACCCUAGAUGUCUAGCCUGUAUGAUUAUGAUUUCCUCUAUGGACUAAACCCUCCGGUUUAUAUAGACACCGGAGGGGCCUAGGGUUGUACAGAGUCGGUUUACAGAGAAAGAAAUCUUCAUAUCCAAACGCCAAGUUUGCUAUCCACGCAAAGGAGAGUCCCAUCCGGACAUGGGGGAAAGCCUUCCGUAUUGUAUCUUCAUGGCCCAUCAGUCCGGCGCACGUCACAUAGCCCGGACGCCCAGGGACCCCCUAAUCCAGGACUCCCUCAGUAGCCCCUGAACCAUGCUUCAAUGAUGAUAUGUCCGGCGCGCAGAUUGUCUUCGGCUUGCAAGGCGGGUUCCUCCUCCGAACACUUCAAAGCUGUUGAUUAACAAGAACUAUAUCUGGCUCUGUUUAACAGUUACUACCCCCCAUCGCAAGGGCAUAAUACUUAAUCAAAGAAUCACGUUAUGUCUUCACUGACAGUUUGCUGAUGGGACGUUACGUCUGGCCACUUCAUUAUUUUGAAUCGUUUUUUGACCCCCCCGUUUCACGUUUCGAGACGCAGCCUCCGGUGACACGUCUUGUCAAAGCAGAGAUCGUGUCCCCUUAUUACGGGAUUCUCAUCAAUGCGGGCUUGGGAAAUCCAACCGUGUCGUUCGCAUGACCCCUUGGGAAUAGGCGAGCUUUAAGGCUUGUGGGGGACGCUUGAUAUUCACUGCCUUUAUAAGGAGAUAAAGAUCCCCCUUUUUACCCCAUGCCUUCUUCUUCCUCAGCCCAUCCGCCCUAGAGCUCCAGCGCCCAAGCUUCAAUCCUUUCCGUCCCCCGCAAACAUUCCAGUCAUGUCCGGAUCUGGAGCGCAGGGCAAAUGGAUGGCCUCCUCCGUCACAGAGGGGAACAUCCAGGAGCUCCGGGGAGCGGGGUACCUAGCCAAGGAAAUCGCCCACCGACUUCCUGCCAAAAAGCAUAUCGUCCCCACUCCGGAGCCCAAUGAGAGGGUAGUAUUCAUCCCCCAUUUCCUUCGCGGACUAGGAUUUCCCCUUCAUCCUUUCGUCCACGGUUUCAUGUUUUACUACGGGCUAGAUUUCCAUGAUCUAGCCCCGAAUUCCUUCCUCAACAUUUCGGCGGUCAUCGUCGUAUGCGUGGCAUUCCUCCGCAUUCACCCCCCCACUUCGGCCUAUGGCUCAAGGUCUUCAAUGUGAAGCCAAAAGUGGUGGAUGGCCAACACGCGGAGUGUAGAGGCGCCAUGGUGAGCAAGCUUCCCAAUGUCACCUGGCCCAAGGGUACCUUCGUGGAGGCCGUGAAGGGAUGGCAGCAGGAGUGGUUCUAUGUCAUGAAACCUCGUGACUCCACAUGGGCCGCUCCUUCCGAGUUCAAGUCCGGGCCUCCAAUGCGGCUGACAUCCUGGCUCAACAAGGGCCUGGACCGGGCGUCAUCCGAUGAGGUGAUGACGCUGCAGAAGUGCGUCAAGAGUAUGGUAGACAAGAAUACCAGUCUUGCCAGCGUGAUCUAGGUAAUGCUCUUUCGCCGGAUUCUCCCCUGCCAACGCCGGACUCAGUAUAUGUGGGAGUUCGACCCGGCCAGUCCCCGGACACUGUAGUGGUUCUUCGGCACGAAGCACGAAGACAUGUGGAAGCUGCUUUUCAAGACCCAAAAGACGCGGCCGAAAAUGACCGAAGACCUUGGCCUCGACUGCACUCACGCAGCGACUCCCGGCUGGACGAAGAAGGCGGAGCGGAUUCACUGUCCGGAUCUGCUACCCGAGGACCCAGCCAUUCCUCUGUUGACGAGGAUGCUGGUCCCGGCGCCGUACCAGGCACCGGAAAAGAAGGCCAAAAAGAAGAGCAAGGAGGCCAAGGGUGGCCUCCGCCGUAAAGGCGCUUCGGACAUAGUGUCCGAAGACACCGAAACUCUCUCCUCUCAUGACGAAGAUGAAGAGGGGGAGGAAGAGAGCAAUUCCCCCCUUAAGGGGGGAAAGAAGAAGAGGGCGGCUUCCGUAGAUCUAGAUAAGAAGGCGUCCAAGAAAGGGAGAAUCUCCCUUACGGAUGAUUUCGAGACGGACGCCGAUGACGUCCACGAGUGGCGCCCCAGGCCAAAGCCCCUGGCCGGAUCCCCGGCUCGUGACCUCCCCCAUCGAUCCUCAUCUUCUGGGAAUUCGCUGGGUCCGAACAUGAUGGAGAGCGAGUCACCUUCGCCAGCCUCCCCCCCACUGCUACGGAUAACACCGAGGUGUUGUCCCGAAGGACCCUUCCGGGUCAGGGAGAGGUGCGGGAAGCCGCCAAGACGGCGCCAGGGUGAUACCCCUACUGCCGAGAACAUGGGGACCGACCCCAUGGAGACUGGAGACAGGGGCCAUGUCCAAUUUGGCCCCCAACCAAAUGUCAUUUUGGAGACCCACACGGCUCCGGAGUCAGAUGAGCAGCCUCCUUCAAAAGAAGGGGGCGCGCCCACUCCACCGGCGACCUCUGUCAAUCUGCAGGCGCCGGACACUUUGGUGGGAGCGCUUCAGAGCGCCGUCAUUGUGGAAGAACAUCGUACCCAUACGGUGGUUGAAAAGGUUCGGUCCGCUAAAAGUGGAUUGAAUGAGGCCUACACUAGCCUUCUGAGAGUCUUUGAGGUUGCGAUGCAGGCGUCAGCUAACCAUGCCGCCGAGGCGUUCGAGCUGAGGCAGAAGUUAGAGGCAAAGCAAGCUGACGCGUCUGAGGUCGAGACCCUCAAGAGCGUGCUGGCCGAAGCCAAGAAGGAGGCGAAGGAGGAACGAGCCGCCCGCCUGAAACAUGAAUCAAGGGUGGAGGAAGUCCAGCAAGAGCUCAAGGAUGCUAUAAGCAAAUGUGAGCCCUUAGAGCACAAGAUUUCAGAUCAAAAUUCCGAACUUGCUAAGGCCCUCCAAAGUACACAGGAGGCCCGAGUUGAAGCCCAAGGCGCCCUCCGCGAGAUCCAAGAGGCAAAGCAGAUCGCGUCUGGAGCGUUUGCGGAUCUGCCCCGGAGUGUUGCUGAUGCUGCGGAGUUCUUCCGAGCCGAAGAAGGAGCUCCACUGAGAAGCUGUGCUGGUCGUAGUACCUUGCGCCAGAGCAUCCAGUGCCCCUCAGCGAUCAGUUGAAACAGUUGACCGAACUGCAUAGGAUGGCCGGAUUGGCCAUGAGGGAUUUUAUAAUCCGUCUUUGGCCUGCCGAACCCAUACCCAGCAGUUACUUCGGGUUUGUGAAGCGGCUGGUCAAUGCCUGCCCCCGGCUUGAUGCCAUAAAGCGGUCGGUCUGUAUCGAAGGUGCGCGGAUGGCCUUCGCCCGUGUCAAAGUGCAGUGGGCCAAGAUGAAUGCCGUCAAGCUCGCAACUGAGGGACCGCCCGCAGGCAAAGAGCACCGCACGCCGGAGCGGUAUUUCGAUGACGUCCUGGAGGGAUCCCGCAUUGUAGAGGGCCAGUGUUCGAAGGACAUCAUUUUUGAAUGAAUGUAUCCAUGUUGUCCAAUCUUUGUAUUAUGAAACAAGGCUUAUGUAUGAUAUGUUGUUUGUUUUACUUUAAAA